AGGUACACCAACCUAAUAAAUAAAUCAAGUUGAAAAUAAAACAUUUAUAUUCUCUCGUUUUGUUUUGUUUGGCAAACAGUUCUAAUGUUUGCUUCUUUGUAGGUAUUUGAAACUAAGAGUUACAUAAAAACAAAAAGUUGUCAGUGAAACAGUUUUAAACUUUGGAAUUUUAAAGAACAAAGAUAGUCAUUUAAUUCAUAAUAAUUGUCGUAAAUAGUGGUCAGUGAUGUAAUUAUUGUCUCAAGUGUCGAAUAUCUAAAAAUAAGUGAUUUUUUUUACAUCAAGAGUAAAGGGCAUGUUGAAGAACUAUAAAUCAAUAAACACAACAAAUAUGUGGUUAUUCAGUUUUUGAUUUAAUUCGGAAAUAGACUAAAAAUCGUGAAAGGUUAUUUUAUUCAAAAUAACCUAAAAUGAGGUGUAUUUUUAUAAACAACACUUGCAGUACAUUAUAAAUUGGUAGUUAUUUUAAUGUAGAUGAGUUUUAUCGUUUAACUAGUUCUAUUUAAUUGCAACAUAGUUUAGUAACAAUUAUGGAUUCGUCAACUAUACCUGUUUUACUUGUUACUGCUAAUGUUGGAUCUAUAUUUGAAGAUCCAAAUGAAAUGCUUAAAAUAUGGACUGAAGAAUUUUUAUCGACUGUCUCCAAGUUAGAUCCUAAAUUCAUAGGUUUACAUUGUCAAGAAGUGGGAGGUAAAAACUAUGAACUUAGUAUGAAACAUGUUGGUAACUUUGUUAAGUUAUUGAUGUCCAGCAAUGAAUUACGCUUAUUUGAUAAAAUUAGGAUCUUUUUAGAUGAAGAUUACAGUUCUGCUGAAAAUUUUACAGCGUUAGGGAAUUUAUAUUUUGUACAUCAAUCUUUGAACAAUAUUUCAAUAUGGGACUUCAAAAAUUGUGUAUUUACGCCCGUCCAAGGCCAAGAAAUACAUUCAGGUAACAUCGAGGCUGUUGUUACUAAAGAAAAAGCGAAAUUUCCACAAAAUUUUUUUCCCGAAUGUAAGUGGUCAAGAAAAGGAUUUAUGCGGACAAGAUGGUCUUUGAACGGCACAAUUGUUGACAUGAUAAAUAUCCAUUUAUUUCAUGAUGCCUCGAACUUUAUAGCCAUGGAAUCAUCUCCAUCGGUUUACUCUAAAAAUAGGCGAAGGGCGUUACAACAUACAUUACAAAAGUUUCAUAAUGACCAAUAUGAAAAUGCUCCCUACUUUAUUUUUGGGGACUUCAAUUUUAGGACUGAUACGGAUGGUGUUGUUAAGAAAUUGACUGAUGGUCUUAGGACAAUACGAGUACAAAAUAAUAAAAACAAUGAAUAUACCAAACUGCAGUUCAUGACUGAAGAUAGCAAGUUGGUACUGACUGUGGGUAAAAAAGAAUUCAACCAUUCUGACCAUCAGACUGUAUUUACUUCGGAAUGGAAUUUUCAGCUCAAAUCCUUUGACAAGGAAUGUGAAGCUUUCGAAGAUACUUUAUGGGAAUUUCCAGUUACGUUCCCACCGUCCUAUCCAUUUGAAGAAAAAAUUUCACAUGGUACUAUAUACAUGCAGACAAGAUGUCCGGCUUGGUGUGAUCGAGUGUUGUUAAGCAAAAGUGCAAAGAAACUUAUAAAAAAUGACACGGAUACAAAAUACGGUCUUAUGGGAAUCAAAACUUGCAUGGGUGACCACAAGCCAGUAUAUCUCAGAAUAAAUCUCAAGGAAAAAGCAGGUAUAAAUGUAUGUUGUGAACACGCACCUUUUGCUUGCUUGCCUGACAGUUGCAAAUGUUAUCCAAUGUACGCUUCUGUUGAAAUAAAUAUAGUAGAUAUGGGUAUAUAUAAUAAUAGUAGCUUCCAGGAGUUGCCCAAACUCGAUUCCAAAUUGCUUCAAGAACCAAUCACCAGAAACAUGUUGUCCCACGAACCGUACACCCCCGAAAGUGUUGAUUCGCACAGUAAUUCUCCUUUGCAUAUGGAUAGGACAGAAUCUAUUUCUCCUUUACAAUUAAAAUCCAAAUUGGAAAAUAUAAUACGAAUGAAAUUAGAUAAAUCGACGCAUCUAAUGAAGAGGUCAGUCUCCGAGAAUGUCGAUGUGGAUAAACCUAAAAAUAUAUUCAGAACAAGAGCCAUGUCCGAGAUACCCAAAAACGCGUAUGCUCGUGUAAAAUUAAUACCUACAUCUCGCGCUGAAUCGUUGAAUCGAUUACAAAGUCAUCAUAGCUCUUCUGAUGAAGAUUGGUUUGAGUUUGAGGAAGAAACUCAUAUAAAACGUUUGGAAGAUUGUUUCGAAAAUACUCAUAAAAAUACUACUGUAGAUAUUCCUAUUUUUAUAGAAAAUGACCAUAAAAAGAAACGAUGUAGAUUAGGAAAGAAUAGGACUUGGACGAAAUUCAAUUGCUGUGCUAUAGUGUGAUUUUAAUAAAAUUUUAUCUUUUGCGAUGCUGUAGAAAAUUUAUGCUUGCAGAGUUGCAUUGUAGGAAAGACGGUGGAAUUUUGAAAAAAAUUACCAAAGAAACAUUCACUUCUCCUAUUAAAACAAGGGUUAUUUAAUUUUAGUCAGGGAGAUAUAAUUGAAUGAUUAUGUCCAAUUGUAUCCAUCCCGACAAAUCAAUUGUUCUGGCAAAAUCGGACAAAAUUGAACAAAAACGAUUAAAUACAAAUGUAUUAUAUUAGUGUGUUGCUAUCAAAAACACUUUUUGUUGCUUAAUUAGUGACUAUUGUAACAAUGUUAUCUAUAGCAAACAAAUUAACAUUAUAAAAUGUAUUCAACUUUUAAACAAAACCCUACCAAAUUCAGGUGUAAAGUGUAGUAUGUAGAUCUACAUAACAAAAUAUUGAAAAUAAUUAAGAAUUGGGAAUGAUUAUAAAUGAUAAAUCACCUGAAACUGGUCGAGUUUUGUUUUCGAUUAUCUAUCCUUAUUUUUGUAUUACAAAAAAAUGUAUGAAACCAUAUCUCAGAAACAAAAAAUUCCCAACAAAACUAUGUGGUGGUAAACUGUUCCUACCGUAAACCAUUAACUUUUAUUAUUGGCAUAUAUGCCACAUUUUUUAAAUAAAACUUCACGGUUAGGUGAAAGUUGUGGAUGUAAAUGUACGAAAUGAUCUCUUGGCCAUUUCUUUCUGCAAUCUAUGUUUGUUACACUAUAAAAGGUGUGCCCAUCGAACCACGUAAUUAAUUAAGGAUGUUACCUCUUCAGUCGUAAACAUUCUAUUCAUUUCAUAAUUGGGUAUUAAUUUAACUGUAUCUCCUAGUUUUUGCUGUUUUAAAAAUAGCGCCUAAGUGUUGGAUAAGCAAGACCCGUCGGUUUUGUUACUUUUCUAUCCUAAGUAGCGCUCCCCACAGUCUCUUAGGACACAAUGCAUAGUGACAUCCGAAAUUAUUUAUUUCGAAGUUUAAUGCAUGUCCUUAUUAUUGAGUCGCACUUUCUUUAAAAGAAACGGAAUCUGAGAAAUAUGAAAUGAUUCACUAUUUAUCCUGGUUAAUAGUGAGACAGUUUAUCCUACACAGUCAAGCCUCGAUAUAAGGAAUUUCAAGAGACCAAACCAAAAAUUCGUUACACCGAGUGGUGAAAUUUUGUUAUAUCGAGAUUCAAAAGCACCUGCAUAUACUGCUUUAUAAAAUAUAUAGAAAAUAAAAUAAAUCUUCCAUUCUAUUUGCCAUAACCUAUGUAGUCGUACAUUUUUUGAUUUUAAGUCUGAAUUAAAGUCAAAAACUCAACAUUUUAAAUUUAAUGAAUAUUAAAUGUUAUACAUACAUAAUUACUCCACAUUCGAAUUUUUGUACAUGUAUAUAUUGGUAUUUUUUGAUAAUUUAUACUUACUUACCUAAUAGUAGGUAGUGAAAAAUAAAAUUCAGAGGCAAUAGCAAAAUGUUAGAUAUAAUCUGAUGUUCCUCAGCAAUUAUGCUCAUUUUAUAUCCACAACUUUUUCCUUUUCCUAAUUCAAGCCUUUCUUUCAACUUACUUUGUAUGUAACUGAAGUUGGAAAUUAUCUGCUAAAUACUUGCGGAUGAAGUUAUGCGUGAAGUUUAAGCAAAUUCUCAUAACUUUUUAUUGGUCAUAUUUUUUGAAACCACUUUCUACUCUAUAUAGGUGAGGGUUUCUAACACUUUUAACAUAAAGUCUUCCGUAGGGAUGUAAUAACAAGCUCUCUCGUCGAUUCAUGAUAGAGAGCGCUUGAUUGGGCGAGAGCAUCACAUGGGGACUACUACAAGGAUCCAUUUUAGAUUCAACUCUGUGCAACCUCUAUUAUGAUAAAAUCCCCAAUCUGGGGAUACCACAUAACGUCACUCUUAUUGGUUCUGCUGAUGAUCUUGCAGUUGUGGUCACCGGAGCAUUAGAAGAAUUACUGGUUAUCCUGACAUAUAUUACAAUGCAUACGUUAUCGGAGUAUAGAAAAGACUGAGACUGUACUCAUGAUCGAUCGUAGGGCAGUUUGGCAGGUGACAAUAGAAGUAAAAAACAUACAUGUCGCAACUAAAUCAGAAAUAAGGUACCUUGGAGCCUGCGUAGACGAGGGAUUUCCAUAUUUUGAAUACCUGCAAAAAACCUGAGACGUCUGCGAUAGACUUGGACUUCUUUAAUACAGUCACUCACUCAAUCAUGUUAUAUGCAGUUCCAUGUUGGUCUCAUGCACUAAGAAUCCGAAAGUACGGCAACUGUCUAGGAUAAUUCAAAGAAAACUAUCCAAUAGAAUAUGCAGCGCCUUUCGAACAGUAUCAGCGGAAGCAGUAGUUAGUACUACUGGCUUACUUGAUACUUAUAGAACUAAUGGUGUGGGAAAGAUGCUUGACCUAUGGGGAAGACAAUUUAACUAAAAUAAAGGAGAAUGAUAUAUCCAUGGAAAGUUACCAAAGACGAGGGGACAGUAUGACAGUCAAAGGUAGCUGUACAAAAACAUUAAUCCCUAAUAUUAAAAUUUGGCUCAUUAGAAAAACCGGAUGUGUAAAUUAUCACGUGACACAUCUACUCACAGGCAAUGGAUGUUUCAUGGCAUAUUUGUCCUGAAGUGUAAGAUACUACUUAGAGCAACCAUACAAAAAAUCGGAAUCUUAUUGUCAUCUGAAAAUAUUGUUCAUAAAAUGAUAACUAGCGAGGAAGUAUAGAAAGCCCUAUCUAAAAUGGUGACAUAAAUAAUACAUUAAAAACAGAAAGAUUUAGUAAAGAAACCAAAAUAAGUCCCGUUGAGAAGCAAGGAGAGGGGGGGGGUUAGUGGGUAAAAAUUCCACAUAUCCUCGCAAUUCCAGAAUACCGAAAUCUCAUUUAAAGAUUUUCCCUUCCACAAAAAAAUACCUACAUCUCUUGUAUUGAGCCUUAACGGUGUAGUUGGUAAGGUUGUCAAAUGCUUCAGACAAACUUAUUGCUCUAGUUAAUUGUAAUGCUAAGGAGCAUGUUCCCAAAAAUACGGAAACCGUAUAAACAAAAAAGUUUCUACAAUCCUUGCUAAACAUUACCAUGUCUUUGUCUUUGAUCCCUAUAUAUUUUUUCAAAGCCAAAUGAGAAACAAAUAACCAUUUAUGGUAUUUUCGUAUGUAUAUAAUAUAAAAUAGACUUGUAUUUUGCGCUGCUAAAAAAAUUCAAUUGUGUCCGUUUGUUGUACAAAAUAACAACCCUGGUUUUAUAUGCUAUUCUAAAAACAAAUCUUGUACAAGACAAUUGUGAGUAUUGUGCUUAAAACACAAUAACUUAUGUUGUCACAUAUUUGCGUUUAAAACCAGCUUUAAAAUUUAUAGGAAAAUUGAAUGUAGCAACACGCGAUAGUGUAUAAGAACUAAUAAAUAAACAUCAAUUUUUAAGUCAAUGACAUCCAAGCUUUUUCUCUACGGUGCAGAUAUUAAUCUUCCCUCACCCUAGAAAUCUCCGUUAUUUUAGACAAAUGAAAAAUCCUAAACACGUCAAUUUUUUAUAUAGUAAAGGAGGUCGUGCGAUAGUUGGUUCGAAAGGGUUGGAAAAGCAGAACUCAAAAAUGUAUCAAACUUUGCUUCAAUCGCAAAUACAAAAAACUUUAUACAGGAUUUGCUUUAAUUUUGGUCGAUACAACAAAAAUUAUAUAAUUUGGAUUGUUGAACGCUUAUAACGAUCUAUUUUCUUCGAAUAAAUAUUUUUGUAUUUUUUAAUCCUACGAUAGCUAGAACACUUUUUUAAAAAUCUAGUUGGUGUGUCUUGAUAAUUUAUUAUUAAUAAUAUUGUCAAGAGUAAAGUGAAAUUAACACUUGCAAUUUGGUAACUUUAUUAUCCACAACAAUGAGAAGCAGAAAAAUGUUAAGCAUUUCUAAUAUUUAGUAAAGCAGGCCGUAACUACCAUGAAGUCUGAGAAUAUUGAAUGAACGUUUUCCAGAUCGUCCAAUUGAUCAAUAUUAGUAUAGACUAUUUGUCACAAAAUUUUUGAAACUGGUUCUAUAGAAAACAAGAAACGGGUUGAUAGAAAAAAAAGGUGUCCGAGGAAAAACAAGCAGAUGUUUUGGCUAUUUUGUAGUAAAUCCAUCCAGUUCAAGUAGAAACUUUGCUAGCAAACGCGAAGUAAGUUACAGAAGCGUUUUAAACAUUUUAACAAUCCAAAAAUUUUAUCUAUAUAAAUUGAAAAUGACUCACACGAAUUGUAGUCGGGGAGCUGGCUACAUAAAACUGUACCGAUAAAGUACACGACGUUUGAGUUCGUAAACCCCUAGAAAAUAGUUGUGACGUUACCAAAUGGCUGUUCUGUCUGUUCGGACAGGCCGCAUAUGAAAAUGCUAGUCGAGUUUCCACGUUGAACAAAUGAGCCUAAAAAACCGAUGGGGUACACGCGGGAAAAUUUUUUUAUGGCAUCAUUGUAGAAUCAAUAUUUUUUGAAUUCAAUUUUGUGAAACAUUCUUCUGUAUUUUUAAAAUCAAAUUUUUUCAUGAAUAAAGAAUAACGUGCUGAAUCAACGGUCAUUAUACUCGUGCCCAGGGAAUAAAGGCAUCAAACAAACUUUUGAACUUCGGCAAAUACCUUCUCGCGAUCCAUUUUCACGUCAGCCAUGUUAGCAAAUGCGAUUUGAAAUGAUUCUGACUUAGAUAAUAGAGAGUAGGUCUUUUUUUUUUUCGCUUUUCUAUAGAACGACGGAUUAUAAUCACAGCCAGUAAAAGCAUGGAAUGCCGGAAGUGCUUUACAUAACUAUACUCCUAAUUCAGCAUAUAUGCGAGUUGCAUCGAUAAGUCUGAUAUUAUCAGAAACACCGAAUAAUAAAUUAAUUUGCAAUUCCUUCUUUAUUUUAUGCAUAUUUCCCAGUAAAAUAAUGAAAAUGUCAGUAUCAUCGCAUAACCUUCCCAUUUUCCUCUAGACUACAAGCAGUAUUAAUUAUUUUUGUAUCAGCUUCUUCAUGCCUAGGUGCCGUAAACAAAACUUUUAUUGAGUGUUCAACUGAUUUUUCACCAGUACUUGCAGUGACUUGCUUGAACUCAUGACAUUCAUCAUAAUUAAGGAAAACUGUUUUGUUUUCGAAAAAGACUGCCAUUUCGGAUAGUUGCCAAUGUUGUAUUAAGAAUGGUACAAAUACUUUUUUGAAAUUUAUUUGACGUCAUUCAGUCGAUAAAGCAGACGUCAAUCUUAGAUCUCCUGCUAUGAUAUACUGACGGUCUGAUGGGAUACCUCGUUUGUUUCUUUCGUAGUCUCUAAUCGACGGCGAGAAAUAUUGAUCGAAUAUCAGAUGAAUUUUCCGCGCUGGGAAGGCAAUGAUUCGUUUGAGUAUACUUGUGGAUAUUUUUGAAUGUCGUUUGAUUGUUUUAUAAAGAGUAGAGGAAAAAAAGCCAUCAAUUAUCAUGACAUCACAUGUCAAAUCAGUUGUAGUACUCAAAUCCUCUGGUCCAACGAUGUGAUUUAAGAGCUUACUUUUUGGUGUUGAAUAAAUUGUUCCGUCCAAGUGACAAGCAAUUAGGCAGUGGAGUCAACGGAUACGAAAAAAUUUUAAGUACGUCAGCUUCGUGUUUCAAAGAAAUCACCAAUAUCCUACCAAAUAAAUCUCUUUGCAUUUGUUUAGAUUUUUCUUUAUUAUUCACCUUAAUCGUUUGUUUUUUAUUUCCCGACGCAAAAUUCAAAAUUUUAUUUAAUUUGAUUGACUUUUCAAAUCGAUCCGGCGACUCAGAACAUUCCUUGAUGAAAUUAUUUUUUAAUUGAUUGCCAAAACUAUUUACGUUUAAAAGAAAAUUUGCAAUCUCGGGCCAGGCUGGUUUACCUGUACUAAUAUUAUACAAUAAAGACUUAUCGAUUGUGGGAUCAAACGGAUUCAAGUUCUUUUUUAUUGUUUCAACUAAACUCUGCACCCUAACGUUGCUUUUAAUUAUGUUGUGAGGUUCCAAAUCUGCCGUUGUAUCUUGAUUUUUUUUUUAAUCCGACUUCCGUAUGUAUAUGCGUAGUGCAUGUAGAGCGGAAGCAAUGAGAUUUCGACCAUUUCUGUCGAGCGCUUAAUGAAUUUGUGAAGCAAUUUAUUCCGGUCAAUCGUCUAUCUGCAUCAGCAUUGUACGUUUGUUCCAAAGUUAAAUCAGUAGGCAUUCGCGAAAAUGACUUAUCCGUUCUUUUAAUACCAAAAAAGCCUUUUUGCAGCUGAUAAUUGAUAUAAGGAUGCGUUUGAGAAACAUUUAGCAGCUGGUCAAGGUACCAAAGGAUCUAUCUACAAUAAUUGACAUGAUUGAAAACGAAAAAUAAAUCAGAGAGUCUGUUAAGCAUAAAUUUGUAUAAAUCUAAAUCACCCAUACGAAUGCUUCGCGAAAAUGUUUGGUAAUUAUUGACGUAUUCAACGUACAUAUUGUGGAGUCAUGCCGUUUUGCCCGUUUAGCGUGUUUUCUACGUACUUUUCAUACUUCUGUAUCAAGUCAUUUAGUUCAGCAUGAGCAACAUUUUUGAAAAAGCUUUCGUCUAUUUUUUUGGAUUUGAAGGUGGUGAAUAAUGUCAUCAGAUUUUCUGUUAUAUCUGGUUUGUAAGUGUUAAUGAAACUUUCAAAAUGUAAAAUCUAAAGCUGCUAUUGGAUGUAUCUUUCUGCAACGAUUAAAAUGUUUCCCAGUCAAAAAACUGUUCAUUGAUCCAGAAGCUAAUAACCUGCUUCAAAUCGAGCGCUCUGUUAUAAAUGAUCAGCGAGUUUUCAGCGUAUCAAGGUGAUUUUUUUUCAAUUGGGGGUAGAACAAAAAGAUAUUUGGAAUAGCAUCAUAAAAAACAGGUUUUGAAUGCAACAACUGCGAAAGAAUAUAAUUUUACAUGUACGUCGACAUUUUUUUAGUUUUUCCGAAGGUUUUCUGCCAUUAUCAUAUAAACCUUAGUUAAGAUCCCUAAAAGCACGUAAAAAAUUUUGGCACGUGUACCAUAUCGGUUUUUUCGCACGAGUUUUCCAACACUAUUAAUCACUUCUGCCGGAGGUUUUCCGGCCGGCCAUAUUUCUGCCACUGCUUUACCGCUCUUAGUUGAACUCUCUAAAAAUCUUUAAAAAAAUUUUCACGCGUGUACCCCAUCGGUUUUUUCACAUGAGUUUUCCGACAGUCUUUAUCGCUUCUGCUGGAGGUUUUCUGAAAGGUAACAUUUCUGCCACUGCUUUACCGCUCUUACUUGAACUCUAUAAAAACCUAUAAAAAAAUUUUCACGCGUGUACCCUAUCGGUUUUUUAGGCUCAUUUGUUCGACGUGGAAACUCGACUAGCAUUUUCAUAUGCGGCCUGUCCGAACAUGCAGAACAGCCAUUUGGUAACGUCACAACUAUUUUCUAGGAGUUUACGAACUCAAACGUCGUGUACUUUAUCGGUACAGUUUUAUGUAGCCAGCUCUGGGACUAAGACAAGUGGGGAUCAAGAUCAACGACUGUAAUAUUGUGAAACUAUUGAUAAUAGUAUUUCGCAAGAUUCAAAUUACUCCAGACAUUUGUUUUUAAGCUAUAUUCUAUUCAAAUAGUCAUGUACAAGCCUCGAAUGUUUCGAGAGUGUCAUACUCAAUUUCAAAAUAAAUUAAACGUUUGGACAGGCAUUAAUUAAUAGUUUUAUCCAAAAUUUAAAAAAUGUACAUUUUCUAAUUCUGCUCUUAAAACCCUUUCCAACGAAGUAUAGCACAACAGCACUUGAACAAAUCUGAGGGGAUAGUUGUCAAGAGUAUGGGGUUGAAGGAGUGACAAUUUUUUGUAUAUUAUAAGACACCUCCAUUAAAUGAAAAUUGACGGGGUAAGAGUUAAUAUCCGCACCGUAUAAUAUUGGAAUAUAUUUGGCAUAUUUUCGUUUAAUCAUUUUUUUGCGAUGUGCCAUAUUAGAUUUCUAUGGAAUACUAUUUAAACUUUUGAAUAAUAUUUACCACGGCUCAAUAUAUUUGAUUGUGAUAACAAUUGGAUAUUACUGUGAAUCAAAGAAAGACAAAUUAAAUUGAUUACACUUGUGUAAGAUCAUUUUAGAUAUGAUAGUUUUCAAUAGAAACUUGGUUUUAAGGAAUAUGUACCACGUAUAUAUUUUUGUAGAGGAAGAAAACAAUUUUUUGUUUGAAAAUUAAAUCAUUGUUUUGAUAAUUAGGACAAAACAUUACAUAUAAUCACACGAAAAACAUUAAAAAUCAUAAGACAAUGUAAUUACACAUUGUUUAUAUUAUUUCGUUGUUUGUUUUCUUUUCAUUUUCUAAUGGAGUUACAAGACGAAUCAACCGCCCAAAAUUGCCAAGUAUUACUUCCUACCAUUUUCCUUUAUAGCUCCUCUCAUAUAUUCUAAUGAAAUCAUACACCGUGUUAACAGAUACCGCUCCAAAGUUCUUAGGAUAGAAAUCUAAGAGAGAUUCUAAAAAAUUAAUUGCAAGUGAUGUAAUUUAACGCUUAAGAUAAAAGUUCUUGUAUGAUUACCUUGUAGCUUUUACUUUUUUUGGUUUUCAAGAAAAUUACGACAGACUUUAACAAAAGCGGUCAUGCCAUUUUUCUGAGCAGUCAGCUUAAUUUCAAAAAUUGAGUUUUUCUUGGAUGUCUCCUAUUCUUAUUAAUGGCUUUUACUAAAUUUUUCAUUAGACCUAGCUUUUUAAAGAUUAUUGGAAGGAAACUUUAUUUUAAAUAAAAGUUCUCCAUAUCCGCUCCACCGUCUUCAUAUUUUCCAUUUUCUUCGUAGUAAGAGUCGCUCUCCAAUCUAAUUCAUUGUUCCUUCCUGAUAUCAUGGCUGAUGCUUUUUCCUGAACCGGUUUAAUCCAUCAUUAUCAUCCGUUUCGUCCUCCAUAAUCUCCAAAUUUCUACUAUUUGGUACUUUAUUUAAUUGCGUGUCAGUUACACUAUGUGCCAGAGAUUUUGAAAUAUGCGAAAGUUUCACCUUGUAUGGUGCAUAUUUUUUCUCUUGCUUUGUUCACAUCUAAAAAGAAUUCUUCGACGGAAUCGACAGUAGGUAGAGUAGCUACGAUCUCAUUAUCCACAUCUUCAAAACUUCAUGCGGGGGCGAAGUUAGUAACACAAUUAUCUUUUAAACUACUAGUCCAGAUUCAUUCACCUCGCCUUUUCAGAUUUGUUAUUUUCUAGACUUUUAUUGUUCGGCAAAAACCAGUACUAACUAGUAGUUGUUGAAGCCUUCAGUUUAGCAACAUUACAAAAUAACAAAUCAUUUUCUUUGGUGAAAUAGAGUCUUCUAGUUGAUUACAAAAAUACGAGAUUCUUGCAUUUUCAUUUAUACAUUCCAUUAUUUUAAUCUUGACCCAAAAAAUUGAAUUUUUUACUUUGAGAGUUCCAAAUCCAGAAAUAGAUCAAUUAAAUUAUACACAAUAAGGUGAGUUUUUCAUAAAUCUCUGGAUAAAAUUGAGGAAAUACUCGAUACUAACUUGCUAGACAUUUUCAUUACAGCCUGUCAUUAUAAAUCUCGAGUUUCUCACUUCCCUCAAAUCCUUGAAAAAUUGGGGAUCUUAACAAAACUCCUACAGAUUCUGUAUUUUUCUCCAACCCCCUUCUCUUUGUAAACUCACUGCUAUCUUGAGGAUAAUUUAAAAAAAAACUAUUCGAGAACUAGGGCAAUAAACAAUGACAUUUAUUUAAAGUACAUAUACAUUUUGAUAAAUUACAUCAUUUCUUGCAGAAAAAAACGAAACAUGAUAUUACAAACCUUGCGAAAACCGUGAAUGUGUGGCAAUGUUCCAUUCAUUUCCGGUUUGUAUCGAAAACGAACCAAAUCGAAUGGAACAGCAUAGAUAUGAAACAGGCCUAAGUGCAAGAAUGACUCAUAAAAAAAGAGAGUAUCCAAGUAUUAAAAAUAUAUAUGUGGUAAUAUGUUAAGCUCUUGAUAUAUUUUUAUUUAAAAGAGCAUUCGUUGUAGACCAGUGUUAGGUAUCUAUUGCCGAAGUUCCGCCGAAUUUCAGCUACCAGUUAUAUUUUUUAUUUUAUAUAAUUUUUCUAAUUUUUUUGUGUUUUUCUGUAGAGUUGUGCGCUAUUCUGUGAAUUUGAUUAGUCGUGACUAAAAUAUUUUUUCAUAUUUACUCCACAAUUAGGCUUACAUUUAACUCAACACGACAGUGAAAGCGUGAUGGAUGUCAAAAAAGUGGAGGACAUUAUGGAUGCCGCCUCGGUUACUCGGUAUAUUUACUUGGAAAAUAUUGAUAAACCUGUAAAGAUAUAUAGAGAAACUGCUGUUUGAAAGCCUACCUAUCUUGUUUGUUGGAACGUUUGUAUAAAGAUAUUAAAAAAAAACUAACUACGAAUCCAAACAUGAAUUUCAAUAAGGCCAGAUAUUGAAUAUUGAAUGUAUUUAGAAAAUUUCGAAUUUUUAAUAGAGGCAUAGUUUUUUUCAAAUUUUUGUGGAUGAAAGUCUGUUGAAAUUGUGAAAGGUAGGUUUCGAAUAUAUAUAUAUAUAUAUAUAUAUAUAUAUAUAUAUAUAUAUAUAUAUAAUUAUGUCAUAAAUAAGUACGAUGAUAAAAUAAAAUUAAUGAGUAUACUAUGUUUACAGUAUACACAAAAUAUAAUUUGACAUUUACAAGGUGCAUAUUUAUACCAAACAAUAGAUCACAACCAAAAAUAAAAAUUUGUUUCAACUUCACUAAAAAAUGGUCAUAACACAAGAGAUAAGUAACCUUCAUUAAAAUUAUUCAGAGUUCUAUUGAAAUUUAUAAAGCAGAAUCUAAAAUUUUGUGCAACUUUUUUAGGUCUCUUUUGUCAUUGGUAGCUUCCUCGUUCCCAAGUUUACAAACUAUUUUUAAAAACUUGGUUUUUCUUCUUCUUCUUUAUUGUAUUCUUUUGGAAGGAUUUUUAAAGUUUUUCUGUUAAUUCAUAGCUUGUUUUUUUUAUUGUAUGGAUAAGUUAAUAUAUAAUAUGAUCUAUUUUCUAAAUAUUGAGAUGACUGUCCUACGUAAACAGCGUUACUAUCAUUACAAGGUAUGUGAUAUAAAAUAUUUUUUCUUUUGUUUUAUUAGACUUUUAAAUUUCAUUUUUAAUGGUCAAGGCUUGUCAAUUCACUGAUGGAAAAAUACUGUUGGAGUGGCGCGAGAAAAGAGGAUAGAACCAAAGCAAGAGUGGGAUUAUUGUUAAAGAUAAAACACGAGAACAUACAAAAAUGGAUGAUCAUUAAUAAGAGAACAUACAAACUGCAAAUCAUUAUAUUUGGCAGAGAAAUCGGUAUUUUAGGAGUAUGCGGAGUAACUAAUGACAGCUCAGAACUGAAGAAAAACGAGUUUAUGAACACAUGCAGGAGGAGAUCGACCAAAAAAUGGCAUGAAAAAUAAAAAAGUGAAGAAAUUGACUACAAAAGAAAAAAAUGACCCAUAGCAAAAUAUUUGGCAAACAUUAAUAAAACAUAGAAGAAGCAAGAUUUACAGACUUAGAAAUUAAUCAAAACAUCUAAAACAAAAAUAGAAGAGAUAGAACUCACAUAACUAAUAUUAGCGAAGCAACAUGGAAAACAUAUUACCGAAACUUUCUUAUAGAAAAUAUAGAAGUGUUUAAUAGAAAUGGAAAAUAUAAAUAACGGUAAUUUAGAGGAAAAUCAAAUCCAAAUAACUUUAGAAGAGGUCCAUACAACAGUAAAAUCAUUUAAAAACGGAAAAGCGACCGGACCAGGAGGAAUAGUAGAAAUAGAGAUUUAGAGGACGGCGACUAGAAGGACAGAUAGAUGGAGCACAUACAUUAUAGGGGUAGGAUAGAGUGAUUAUUCGUUCAUUGAUAAGAGGUGAUCCGAUUCUGUGUCCUCAAUCUUACUUGGAAUUUAUAAAUUACAGUUUAGUGCAAAUAUGUUCAAAUUAUGGAUGAUACUAGUGUUUACAACGGUGAACCAAAUAGAUCACAUCUUAAUAACGAAAAGAAAUUACUAGAUGUAAGAUCAUACAUAGGAACAGACUUAUAAUCGACAUGACAUUAAUAAUAUUAAAUAUAGAGAACAAAACGAUAAAAAGCAGAAAAUGAAAAGUGCAGAAACCGUAAACGAGUGAAGUCGAAUACAGAGAGGAGAAGCAACUAAAAAAAGUAUAAUAUUGAUGAAGAAAGGAAAGAGAUAAAAAAGAGUGUUAUAAAUGCAGCGUAUAAAAGAUACAAGGAAAAACAAUUGAUUAUUUGAUCAGAUAUGUAUAUAAUUGAAAAUUAAAGAAAUUUAAAAAUUGAAGAUGGAAAGAAGCUAGCUUAAAAUGGCUACGAAAUAUGAAAAAUAUAAAAAAGAAUACAAAUAUAAUAAAAAAGCGUGAAAAAUGAUAAUGGAAAUAAUGUGAAAUUGUAAUAAUAUAUAAGAAACAAAAUAGAAAUCGAGUUGGUAUUUCAAAAAUUUAUUAGCGGAAAAAGACAGUGAGUAAAAAGAAGAGGAUAUAAAUAACGAAACAAUAUUAGAAAAUAAAGAAAAAUCGACAGAAGUGGAAUGAAAUGAGAAUAUUUAGGAAAAUUUAUGGUCCAGUGAAUAUUGCUAAUAAUUGUUAAGGAGGUUCUAUGAAAUAUAGAGAAUAUUAGAAAAUAAGGAUGUAGUAAACACAAUUAAAUCAAAAAUAUUGUGAUGGUACGGAUUCAUUGAAAAUAUGAAAAAAACGACAGAGAAUAAGGAAAAUUACAGUACGGAGACCGAACGAAAAAGAUAACUAGGAAAACCAAAAACUAGAUGGGAAGAUCAGAUUGAACAAGAUAUGCAAAGUCUAGAAAGUGCGUGGCUGGAACAGAUAGAUGCAAGAUAGCAAGAAAUGGAGAACAAUAGCCGAUACUGCGAAAACAUGUAUUAGACUGUAAAUAAGAAGUUGUAAAAAAAGGAUUAAGAUAUAUUAUAAUGAGUGAAUAAACAAAACUGUGUACCCAACAAGUAACAAAAAAAAUAAAA